UUUUCUGAAAAAUAGAAAACGAAAACAGAAAAAGAAACUGGCAAAGAUAUCAAAUGACUCCUUAAUAAGCUCGCUGCAAUAUUAGAUUCUGCCGUGCGAACUGCGAAGCAAACAGUAGUUAGUCACUCACACCGAAAGAAUAAUGCAAAGCUCCUCUGAUUCGAGCACCUUCAAACUUGACCAGCGAGUCCAUUCAACCAAUGAUCCACGCCGAAUCGGUACCGUCAAGUACAUAGGACCCGUGGAAGGCCAUCCUGGCACAUGGGUCGGUGUCGAUUGGGACAAUGGAGAAGCCAAACACGACGGGUCAUUGAAUGGAGUCCGUUACUUCGAAGCAAGGUCUCAACUUUCUGGGUCAUUCGUUCGAGCCCAGAAUUUGACUGCGGGCAUUUCGUUUAUAGAAGCUCUCUAUAUCAGAUACAGAGACCAACCAACUCAAGAAGAUGAGGAUGAAAUGUAUGUGCUUUCAGCUAGUAACAAAAGGGUAUCUGUACAACUUGUUGGUAAAGAGAAGAUUCAAGAUAAGCUAAGUAGAUUAGAAGAAUUGACUGGUGCUUCCCUUUCUUAUUUGGGUGUUAGCAAUCCGGGAUCCCCUAAUGAAAUCAGAAAUAUAGUGCCAAAUCUAAAGCAACUGGACUUGACUGGAAAUUUACUUUCAGAAUGGAAGGAUGUUGGCAUCAUAUGUGAACAAUUACCUUCUCUUGCAGCACUCAAUUUGUCUAACAACUCAAUGUCCCAUGAGAUUGUUGGUCUACCACUACUAAAAAGCAUCCACAUUUUAGUUUUAAACAAUACUGGCAUAAAUUGGACACAGAUUGAAGUGCUUAAAGAUUUAUUGCCAGUAAUUGAGGAGCUACAUCUGAUGGGAAAUGGCAUAAAUGCAAUAAAGACAGCAUCUUCAUCCAUUGUUCAUGGAUUUGAUUCUUUGCGGCUACUGAAUUUGGAAGAGAAUUGUAUAGCUGAAUGGAAUGAAAUUGUAAAGCUUUCUCAAUUAAGAAGUUUGGAGGAACUUCAUUUAAACAAGAACAAUUUGAACCAUAUCUUUUAUCCUGAUCAUGAUACAAUAGACAAAUUGGUUGGUGGUGAUGAAUCUCAUGAUCAAAGCUGUAUUCCUUUUCAAAAUUUACGUUGCCUUCUUCUGGGAGGUAACAACAUUGAUGAUCUGGCUUCUGUAGACUCAUUGAACUCAUUUCCUAAAUUGAUUGACAUCAGGCUUUCUGAAAACCCAAUUGCUGAUCCUGGAAGAGGAGGUAUCCCAAGAUUUGUUUUGGUUGCACGAUUAGCAAAAGUUGAAAUCUUGAAUGGAAGUGAGGUAAGCACUCGUGAAAGAAAGGAGUCUGAGAUCCGGUAUGUCCGCUUAGUUAUGUCAAAGUUGCAUGGAAAUCCAGAUGAAAUCAAACAGCAUCCCAGGUUUGUUGAGCUGAAGAAUUUUCAUGGCAUUGAAGAUGAAAGGUCAUCGGUUGGAACAACAGGCCCUCAGAAGAUGGCUUCUGGACUCCUGUCUGUCACCCUUAAAUCUGUGGCUCCAUCUAUUGGUGAGAAACCUCCACUAACAAAGAAACUGCCAGCUGCUACUACGAUUGGGAAGCUAAAGAUUCUUUGUGAAACGUUUUUCAAGCUUGGGUCCAUUAGGCCAAAAUUGUUUCUUCAAGAAGAGGGUUCCCCUCUGCCGAUAUUGCUUGAUGAUGAGAUGGCAACUUUGAUGGAUGUUGGAAUUGGCAACGAAUCAACUGUUCUUGUAGACGAAGAGAGUUAGUACAAUUUGAAAAGGAGUUCAUAACAGUCUACUGGUUUAAUGUUUCAAAGGUCAAGGUAUACAAGGUAUUUACAUUUCAAAUCUGCUGGGAUUGUUUGUAUUGAGACCUCAAGAAAGCUGCAAAGCUUGACUUCACACAUUGUUCAAAUUUCCUUUGCUGAAAAACCAAUGAUGGAGACGGCUAGGGAUACUUGAGCCGUCUUAGGUGGUGAAUUCUUUGCUCUGUCAUCACCUGUGAAGGUAGGCUUGAGAACGAACCCUGUAAAACGUUGUGGUGUCUUUCUUCUCAUAAUGUUCUUAUUUCUUCUAUUUGCACAAUUUUGAGAUUGUGUUUGAAUCUAUUUUCCCAGCACUAGCAAAUGAUCAUUUCUGCUCUAGAAUGUUCGAAA